UAGGAAUUAGAAAAUUACCUUUCAAUUUCACUUUAAAAAAUGGAAUGAUCACUGGGGGCAGCGAGGGGGGAAAGGCGGAGACUUUGGAGAGGAGCAGAGUCAAAUCAAGGUCUUCGUCAAUGUCGUCUUGUGAAUUUGCUAAGCUGGCCUCCAUCACAUUGGGUCGGUCAACAUUUGGUGGUUCUAUUCUCUCUUCUUUCCUCCAGGUGGCUCUUCAAAGGCUGGCUUCCCGUGAAGUGCUUGACUUCUUCCGAGGCAGGAAACUAGACGAGACGUUGCUGAACAAGUUGAACAUCUGUUUGUUAUCCAUGAAUGCAUUGAUUGAUGAUGCAGAGCAAAAGGAGAUCACCAAUCCAAAUGUGAAAGCUUGGCUUGAUAUGGUCAAAGAUGCUGUUCAUGAUGCUGAGGAUGCCCUUGAUGAGAUCGACUACGAAGAGACGAAGCGCGUGGUGGAAGCUAAAUCACAAUCUGGUUCUGUCAUACGCGAGGUACGAAACUUUUUCACUGGUUCUGCUAGUUCAUUUGACAAGGAAAUUGAAUCAAGGAUCAAACAAGUCCUUCACAACUUAGAAUAUCUUAAAAGUCAGAUGGAUAUCCUAGGAUUGAAAGAAGGAGGAGGUGCCGGUGUAGGAUCAAUGAGAAAGGUUCCAACAACUUGCUUGGUGGAUGAAGCUAGAAUUUAUGGUAGAAAUGAAGACAAAAAUGAGAUCAUUGAUGGCUGGUUGCUAUCACAACAAUAUAAUAGCAGUCAGCUUUCUAUCUUUUCCAUAGUGGGUAUGGGAGGGUUGGGUAAAACCACUCUUGCUCAAUGUAUUUACAAUGAUGUGAGGGUGCAAGAUCGAUUUGAGCUCAAAGCAUGGGUGUGUGUUUCUGAUGACUUUGAUGUCACAAGGGUGACUAGAGCAAUUAUUGAGGCAAUAAGUUUCUGUAAUGAUAAUAGUGAAAGUUUAAAUGUACUACAAAAUAAAUUAAAAGGAAUGUUGACUGGAAAGAGAUUCUUUCUUGUUUUAGAUGAUCUUUGGAAUGAAGAAUUUAAUGAAUGGGAGGCCUUACAAACCCCUUUUAAAUUUGGGGCUUCUGGAAGCAAAAUUUUAGUAACCACCCGUACUAACAAAGUUGCUUCAACUAUGCGCUCAACUAAAAUAUAUUCACUGAAGUGUUUAAAAGAAGAAGAUAGUUGGUUGUUGUUCAAAGAAUAUGCUCUGUCCAAUGGAGAUGCUCAUUUUUCAAAUGUUGAUAUUGAGGCAAUUGGUAGAGAAAUUAUUAAAAAAUGCAAUGGGUUGCCUUUAGCGUUAAAGACAAUUGGGAGCUUACUGCACACAAGGUCAUCUAUUGAGGAAUGGAAUGACAUUUUGAGAAGUGAAAUAUGGGAAGAGGGUAAAGAUAUUAUUCCCCCAGCUUUAAGAUUGAGCUAUCGUCACCUUCCUUCUCUUCUCAAGAGAUGCUUUGCUUAUUGUUUAAUAUUUCCCAAAGAUCAUGAAUUUAGUAAAGAACAUCUUGUUGAGCUGUGGAUGGCUGAGAAUUUUUUCACGAGACAACAAAAAAAAGACUUAAAGGAUGUAGGAGAUCAGCUGUUUCAUGAUCUUUUAUCGAGAUCAUUUUUUCAAAAAGCAAGUGGAGAUAAAACGUGCUAUGUCAUGCAUGAUCUUAUUAAUGAUCUGGCAAAGAAUGUUUCUGGAGAAUUUUGUUUGAGGUUGCAGGAUGCAAAAGCACAAAACGUCUUGAAAGUUACCCGCCACUUUUCAUAUAUUAGAGAGCGUUGGGGUGAUUCUACUGGAAAAUUUGAAAUUAUAUGCAAUGCAGAGAAAUUGCGCACUUUCAUGCAUGAUUCGCGGCAUGAUCCCUUUUUGUUUGUGUCCAACAAUAUGAUAAAAGAUUUGUUGCUCAAAUUUAGGUGCUUGCGUGUCUUAAAUUUGUCAGGAUAUAGCAACAUCAUUAAAUUGCCCAAGUCUAUCGGCAAGCUUAAGCAUCUACGUUAUUUGGAUCUUUCGAAAACCGGUAUAAAAAGACUACCCGAUUCAAUAUGCUCACUUUAUAACUUGCAAACGCUGAAGUUGGGGUUUUGUGAGGGUUUGGAAGAAUUGCCCAAUGACUUGCACAAACUCAUAAAUUUGCGGCAUCUUGAUUUUCGUGAAACUACGGUGAAAAACAUGCCGAAGAGAAUGGGGGAGUUAAGAAAUCUUCAAGUUUUAUCAUCAUUUGUUGUGGGCGAAUGUGAAGAGACGGACAUCAAGCAAUUAAGCGAUCUUGAUCUUGGAGGAGCAUUGUCUAUUUUAAAUUUGCAAAAUGCACUAGAUCCUGAGGAAUGCUUAACUGCCAAUUUAAGAAAUAAAAGACAGCUUGAGGAGUUAGCAUUGGGUUGGAGCAUGAAGAAUGAAGAAUCUCACCAAGAAAGGGAUGUGCUGGAGAAUCUCCAACCUCCCCAAAACUUGAAAAAUCUAUCAAUUAGCAACUUUGAAGGUCCCAAUUUUCCAAAUUGGUUAACAGAUAAUACAUUAUCAUAUGUGGUGUCGAUAGAGUUGAUAAAUUGCAAAUAUUGUUUAUCCUUGCCAUCACUGGGUCUAUUGUCAACUCUCAAGUCACUCUCAAUCAUAGGUCUCGAUAGUGUUGUGGUUGUUGGUCCUGAAUUUUAUGGGAAUAAUUCUUGUAAAACUUCAUUUGCGUCUCUCGAGAUCCUAAGAUUUAAGGGAAUGAAGGGAUGGGAGGAGUGGAAUUGUGAAGAUGUAGAUGGUGCUUUCCCAUGUCUGCGUGAGUUUUCUUUAAUAAGAUGUCCCAAGUUGAAGGAGCAGCGCAUUCCAGCACUGCUACCUUCUUUAAUGAAGCUAGUCAUCGUCGAUUGCGAGCAGCUUGUGGAUUCACUUUUGCGGGCUCCAUCUGUUCAUGAAUUGGUACUACAAAGCUGUGGAAAGGUGCAAUUGGAAUGCCUUCCAUCAACUCUAAAAGAUCUUGCCAUCAGGGAACCCUUCACAGAAUGCUUUUCGGUUGAAACGUUUGAGAAUAUGGUUGCCCAUACUUGCCUUGAAAGAUUGAUCACUUUAAAUUUCGCUUCUCUGGGAUUCCCAUUGCCGCAUGGUCAUAAUUUCCUUCAAGGAAUACGGAUACAUGGCUGUGACUCCCUAAGGACCUUCCCGCUUGAUUUAUUCCCCAAUCUUCAGGUACUAGAAUUAAUGCAAUGUGGUAAUCUUGAAACAUUAUCUGUUGGUGAGGGGCACGAUCAUCAUAUGAAUUCCCUUGUGUCUUUGAAACUAAUCGAGUGCCAUAAAUUUGAAUCAUUUCCAAAAGGAGGAUUUUCGGCCCCCAAAUUGGUUGAAUUUCGUGUUGAAAGACUAGAGAGUUUAAAAUCACUUCCAGAGCGCAUGCACAUCCUCUUUCCGGCGUUGUGUUUUAUAAGGAUAGAGGGCUGUACGCAAGUGGAAUCAUUUUCUGAGGGUGGUUUGCCAAGAAAUCUGCAGGGUCUUGAAAUCAGGAGUAGCCAGAAACUGAUGGCAUCUCGAAAGGAGUGGGGCUUGCAUAAUCAUACUUUCCUACAAGCGUUGGCCAUUCAAGAUGAAGAAGCUGAAUGUCUUCCUGAACCAGACUUGUUGCCACCUACUCUUACCACAAUUUAUUUUUACGAUUGUUCAAAUCUUGCAACUUUGGAUUAUAAGGGUCUUCACCACUUAUUGGCUUUGCGGGAAUUGCAUCUGUUUGGGUGUCCUAAACUCAAAUGCUUCCCAAAGAAGGGUUUGCCAAGUUCCAUUCAUACUUUGUUCGUUUGGGGAAGUCCGAAGCUUAAAAAGCGGUGCCAAAAGAAAAAAGGCAGAGAGUGGUCAAACAUUGCUCACAUCCCCCAAAUUGCCUUCGAUGGUGAUGUACUAAGUUGAACUGCCCAAUCACAAGGGCCUUCAACAUCAAAUUUGAUGGCCUCUCAUCAGAAAUAAAUAAACAAGGGAAUAAAAGUAAAGCAUCAAAUCACAAGGGCCCUGGGUGUUGUUGUCCUUGGGAAUCAUGCCCUAGAGAAGAACCUCGUUGAAAUAUGGUUUGCUACAAAUAAUAAUGAGUUGUAUUAUUUACAGUAUUGUUUUUUUAUAAAUUUUACAUUUUGCAUUAAAGAUACUUAAUUGGAGUAUAAUUUCUAUCUUGUGAAUAUUAUUCUAAUUUGAGAAAUAUGGUUUAAUUUGUGUUUGGCCGCUGAUUCUUGUCUUUUUUAUUUAUUAUCCUUCCAUGCAUGUAUUAAUUCCGUAAGGAUCCAUAUAAUUUGUCAUGUUUAAAUACACAUGAUGUCAUGUAUUUACCAAAUUUAGCAUGUAGGAGAUGCUAUAGAAUAUGUAUUCACAAGUCUUUAGUUGAAAUCUUCGACAGCUGUCAGCUUUGAAGAGAAACAUUUAUGCAUGACACUGUGAAGAGAAGGAGCAGCUGACGACCCAUUUUCUUCAGACACAACAUUAGUCACCUUUCUUUCCAUUGACAAGCUCUCAUAAAUGGGCUUCAGGCUAUAAUCUUUGGUUCAUUGAUCAAGAAGACAUGGUAGCAUAGGGGAAGGAAUCCCAUUCCUUGCUUACUGAUAGAUAGUGAUUGGAGUCACAAAUCAUUAAUGAGAUGAUCACCGACUCUAAUUGCUUAACAACGUUUCUGGUACUUUCUCUGGCAUAGGAAUUUCAAAUCCAAAACUUUGUGCAUUACGUAUUUGAAUAUUGCUUUUUUGGUUCUUGAUGCUUCAAUUUACCAUGUCAUUUUUGAUAAUUUGGAUUAUCACCUGUAUAGAAAUACAGGGGAAUUCCCAGCUUAAAGGUGAUUUCUCUUCUCUUACCUGAAUUUCCAUUUUUGCAUAUAGUACCAUGUGUUGAUUCAUAAUAAUUUUGAAUCCAAAAACAUGUGGGCUGAAGACACAUGACAUACAUUUUUGUUGAGCAAAGCCAGAUUGCAAUCUAGUUUUCUCUACUUUGGUUAAAAUGUGUUAAUAUUUGAUCCUGGUUUAGGAGAUGUCAACUGAGUUUAUGUUUUAUUCUUAUGCACUUUAAAAAGCCCACUUAGCUUCAGUUCAUACUGUACCAAAAGCGCAAGAGACAAAUGCAAAAUAACAAAAUAUCUAACAAGUAAUAUUUUUGCAAUAGGUCUAUAUUUAUUGGUAAAAUCUCAAAACCAAAGAAUGUGCUCUGAAGAAAGAAAGAUUUAUGUCUAAAGGGUGGAAACCACAAGCCAACGAUGAAACUACACUGCCUGGUUAUGAAACUCAAAAGAAGGCCGUUGCAGCAUGGCAAGAAUGCAAAAGGUGGAAGCCAAGAUCCAAAGCCAUGAAUGGUCUCAAAAUAUGAACACUAGAAGGUCCAUAUAUUUCUCUGCAAAAACAACACCAGAGGAGUUGGGGCAGAACAUGAGUGCAGACCUAGUGUGCUCUAAAGGAAAAUAGAUUUCUGCUUAAAGCGAGGGAUCCUAGACUCCAAAUAGUCUUGUAUGUGGAUGGAAUUAAAUUCCAAAAUUGAUUUGAAAGAAAAUGAAAUCUUGUUUUUAAGUGAGAGUAAGCCACUCCAUUGGACUGCCUAGCUAUGAAAUCCCAUCAAGCAUUGAAGAUCAAGAUAACAAAGUGCAUUCAGGGCUGUUAAAAUCCAUCUUCUUACUGAAUCUUGACAAUCACAGAGAUUGUGCUAUUCUUGUACUGUCGUUCAUUGGAUACACUCAUUUAGUGGUUAAACUUGUGAAUAAGUCUUGUGAGCAUCAACGUCCUUUCAUUUUGUCUUUUGUUUUUCAAAAAAGAAAAAAGAGAAGAAGAAGAAGAAGAAGAAGAAGAAGAAGAAGAAGAAGAAGAGGUUGUAUAGAAGCCCAUGGCCUCCAUGUUGCAAGAUAUUUACUGGGUUCUCAGCCAAAAAAUUUGCCUUAAGCUUCGGUUGUGGAGUGUAAUGGUUAGUUAAUUUGUUGUACACGUGAAUAAUGGAUUUAUAGAGAUUCAAUAAUUGUUUCCGGAGGGAAGGAAAUGAAGCCAUUAUCAUGAUACAGUGACUUUAGCAAACUGAUAAAAAUAGUGAUGGAGCUGCUUUCAAUUCUUAAUAUAUGUUGAGAAGGACUUUGUGUAAGAAUCUUUUUAUGAGGGUUGACAUUAUAGAGAAGUAUGAAGAGGGGCAAACCUGACUGCUGCAAACAUUCUCUCAAAGGGUCACAUACCAUCAGAGUUAUUCUUCGAGACACAAUCUAGUUUUGUGCUACAUCUCCAAAACCUGAACA